AUGGCACCGUCAUACCCCCAAACAGGGAAGCUUGCAUCUGCAGCAAGAACAAAGGGUGGCUUUGUUAAAAAGCCGCGAUCUCCCAAUUUGGGAGAUAACCUAAACACUGUGUCAUCGGAUGAUGACGAAGACCUGCCACAUAUUGGUAGGACCUCAGGGACAAACCCUGAGGAUCCCAAAAACUUACAUGGGGUAAAUGCGGGGAACAAUACCCUUAGAACCCCAUGUGCCAACAUGAUCUCUCCUAGAAAGAGAGAGUUCUCACCACUGGGUGAGGAGGCAAACAUGCGCACACAUAAGUGCGUGGCUGCCACACUAACAGCCUUAAGGGCUGGGUCAGACACGCCAAAAGAAGUCCCUGAGCCCCACUAUCCUCAGGGAACCUCCCACUUGGUGCAAGACACUGACAACAACAGCAGUAACUCCUGCUGGCGCAGGGGGCCGUUUGUGGCCCCAAGCAAUGUGGAAAAAUUGUCCACAUCGUCUCAAGUCACCUGCAUGACAUCCAGCUUGCAAGAUUGCAGCAAGCCGGUUCACUCCCAAGUCUAUUUGACUGGGAGUUACACAAAACCAUCAAACGAUCACUCCCACUGGCACAGGGAGCCGUUUUUGAUCCCAAAAAAUGUGGAAAAAUCUUUCACAUGUCCAGCAUCGUCUCGCAUUAAACGCAAGACGUCCAGAUUGCAAUAUAGCAGCAAUCUGGUUCACUCCCUAGUCUAUGCGACUGGGAGUUGUCAUAAACAACCAAAUGACCAUUCCUGCUGGCGCAGGGAGCCGUUUGGAGUUCCAAAAAAUGUGGAAAAAUCGUCCACAUCUAUGGAAUCGUCUCGCGUCAGCCACGAGACGCCCAGCUUGCGAUAUAGCAGCAAGCUGGUUCACUCCCCGGUCUAUGUGACUGGGAAUUGUGCAAAACAAUCGAACAACAACUCCUGCUUGCACAGGGAGCCGUCUUUGAUUGCAAAAAAUGUGGAAAAAACCUCCACAUCGUCGUUACCGUCUUGCAACUAUAGUGAGACAUCCAGCUCGCCGCCUAGGCGUGAGCCGGUUCAAACCCCAGUCUAUAAGACUGGGAAUCAUCAAAAACCCUCAUGGGACGACCCCCGCUUGUGCAGGGAGCCAGUCCUGAGUGGAGGAAAUGUGGAAAAAACUUCCACACCACCGACACCAUCUCACAACCACUGCCAUGUCAUCCAGAUCGACACAGACUCACAGGUUGAGCUCACUUCCGGACUGUCCUCAGAUGGCCUCGGACCCAGCAUGGACACAGCAAAGGGACCAGGUGCAGGAGGAUGGGGAAGCUCCCUGAAGUCGAUUGUCCGAGAUACUUCUGGACUUCUUCCAGGUCCCAUCCGAAUGGAGGACAGGAAGUGA